AUGGUACCGGACAUCCAAUAUAGUUCAGGGUUAACCUCAAUCGCGGGUCACUUGCUUCUUCUAGCACCCGAAGAAGAUGCUUUUUGGAUUUUUGUCUCCAUGAUGGACACUCAUUUGCGCUCCUACUUCUCUGCCAACCCCAUUCAAAUGGAGGUUGACUCGGCGCUCUUCAGUAAAGCUUUAGAAAGUACUGAUGCAGCCGUUGGCAAGAAACUAUUCGUCACCUUGGGUAUCUCUCCAAGUAGCAUCUGUCGUCCUUGGUUUUCUACAUUAUUUGUUGGCACUCUUCCUGUCGACUACCUUCAUAGGGUGUGGGAUAUGUUCCUGUAUGAUGGCGUGACAUUCCUUUUCCGAGUAGCAAUGGUAUUGAUUCAAUGCUGCCGUCAUCUCCUCCUCCAGUCCACUAGCGAAGCUUCUGCCCUAGAACACCUCUCGCGCCCACCAUUAGCAUGUCUACCUUCAAACGCUGAUGCAUUUCUAGCCCUCACAAUGUCAAUGAAGUUGAAAGAUGAUGAUGUCCGUAAGCAGCGUAUAAAAAUGGAAGCGCAGGUGAAACGGCAUACCCAGACUCGGGCGUCAUCAGCGAGUGGCUCCGGUGUGCAGACAACGUCCAUAUCGCUACCAAAAAACUAA